UAUGAGUAAUCAUCAAUCAGAAGCUGAUUAAAAGAAAGUGAAAUCAAUUUCUGAUCAUUCUUUAGUGAAAUCUCAUUCAUAAUCAAUAAAAGAUAUAGAAUUAUCAGUUUAUAGAUGGGCAAUUUUGCUAUUGUACUAUUUAGUUGUAUUGGUGAAUGGAGUGCCAUAUGAAAUUUGUGUACCUAUAAGUUCAUUUAUGGCUGAAAUAUAUAAUGUAUCCCUAGCAGUAGUUGCAACAGCCUCAACUGUAUUUAUGGUUAUGCAUCCUAUAUUGUCAUUUGUUGCAGCUUAAAGUAUAAAGAGUAAAUCAUGUUAGCAAUUUCAAAUUAUGGAUGGGCAUCUGCUACUAAUUUAGGAGUAAUACUAACAAUUCUUGGAUGUGCUAUUAAGUUAUUGAUAAAUCAAGCAGGGUAAGGAAUAUAGAUGAUAUCAAUAGAUUUACAGUUUUAAUAAUUGGUUAAGUUCUAUGUGGAAUAGGAAGACCUUUUAUUUUAAAUUCAUAGGCAUCUAUGGCAAUGAGUUGGUUCCAUCCUAAGACUAGAAUUAUGAUCAUAACACUAUUGAAUGUUGUUAAUACUUUAUCUUUGGUUGUUUCUGCUUAAUUACCUGGAAUCAUUUUUAAAGGGUAUAAAUUAAAUGACGACACAGAAUAUGAAGAUGGAAAAGAGAAAAUGUAAAGUUUAUGCUUACUUGAAUUUUAUGUAAGUUUGGCAAUUGUGCCUAGUUUAUUUUUAUUGAGAAGUAGACCAAGUUAAGUACCUGUAAAAAUAAAUAAAAUUGAAAGAAAAAGUGGAAUGUUGAAAAUAAUGUUGAGAUUAUUUAAGAAUAGAAAUUUUGUUUUAUUAUUCAUACCAUUUAGUUUAUACUUUGGUAUAUUAAAAGCAUAUUUGGUAAUUAUGGAAUUAUUAAUGGCUCCAUAUAAAUAUGAGACUGAUUAAGUAGCUGGUGUUGGUAUAAUAAUAAUAUUUAAUAAUAAGUUUCAUUUCCUUUAAUUGGUGGAUUGAUAGCUUAAGGAGCAUUACCAUAUUUUGUAAACAAGUAUCAAAUAUAGAAACCAUUUGUUCGUUUCUUUUUGUUAUUUUCAACUUUAUCAAUGGCAUCAUUAUAUUUUGCAUUAAAAUCCAGCAAUGUUGUCUAUAUGUAUAUAGUAAUAACUCUAUUGGCUAUGUGUGUAAUGCCUAUAUUACCUGUGAUUAUGGAUAUGGGAUGUGAUUUAAUAUCUCCAAUUGAACCAUCAUUUGCAGUUGGUGCCUUUUAUAUGGGAAGUAUGUUAUUUUUUGUUGCUUUUACUUAUAUUUUAACAUUCAUAACUGGGAAGAACAAAGAAGAUACAAGAGUAUUAUAUACAAACAUUUUUUCAACUAUUAUGCUUAUAAUUGGAUUUAUAUGUAGUCUAUUUAUAAAAAUUGAUGAUUAAUAUUAUGAAUUAAAUGUAGAAUAGGAUAAAGGUUCUUUAGUACAUCCUUUAGAGAAGAGUUAAUCUAUUCAGAAAGGAAAAGGUCCAUCUGUUUAUAGAGGGACUUAAUCAAAGAUGAGUGUAUAAUAUUAGAAGGGAUCCAUGUUCAGUGUACAGUAUCAAAGUAUCUUUAGUGCUCAUAUAACAAUAUCAGCAUAGUUGGUGAUGUGCCAUUAAUUCCAGGAGAAGAAGCAGAGGAUCCUAUAGAUUAAGAAUAAUAAGAAUGAG